AUGAGUCCAGACACUUCCAGGCAGAUGCGAUAUCUUGUGACAGCGUACCGCAUUAUCUCAGAUUUUCUCUACAUUGACUCCGGAGACGAGUUUUGGUUUAAGGUUAGCGGGCUUUCGUUUAGCCAACAGACUGAUGUUUCUUCAUAUAUUCCUCGCUCCUCUGGACAUAGGAUCAAGGAUACAUACUUUCACGAUUGUCCGAAGGGUAGUCGACAGGAUGGGGCACCGGUUGACCCUUCGGUGACUUCACCAAUCCGAUCUGAGGGUCUUCAUCAUGAAGGCCAACCGAUCGGAUCUCCUAUCGCUUUAGAUCGUCCACUAGAGUUGGUUCGUACAGCACGUGGUCGAAUCGUUCGAAAGGGUCCACUGGUUCGCACCCCAUAUAUAAAUCCAUUCAGAGGGAGGGCAAAACGAGUUACGGCUUUUGACACACAUGAUGUGUACUUCAUAGGAUCGAAGUCGAAAGACAGCUUCUGGAGGCUUGUUGUAGAGUUGCACGAGUGGUUGACUGACGAUGUCUCAGGAGUUGAAAUCAGAGGAAGUGAUAACAAGUGUCUGGCAUUGGACGUGAAAUUGGGUAUUUGGGCUCCUGUUCUCCAUCUCCUUUGGUAUUUCUUUUACACCAUCAUUAUAACUUUCAUACAACAUCCACACGGAAGAGUUGACGCCUCCAAAUGGGGAAUAAAAAAAAUUGGGUUGUCUUUAUACCUUGACCUGCCCAUUCCGCUUCCACUGCUGGUGGUCAGGACUUCAAUGAGAGACCUGAAAUUUUGGUGUUUGAUAAAGUUGGUGAAAGCUUUUGUGUUUCUACGAUGCCUGACAAGGGCUAGCAGAAUCUAUAAAAAAGCUACAGUGAUUUUGAGCGAACUUACAGAAUCUACAUGGCACAAGGCUAUAUCCAUUUUUCUUCUUUACAUUUACAUGCUUGCUGCUCAUUUAUAUUUGAUGUCUAACGUUGGAAUAUCAAAGGAGAUGAGACUUGAGACACUAAAGAUGAGGGAUUUGGUGCUCUUACAAAAGCUCCCUAAGAAUCUCCAACAACAAGUUAGGAAAUAUCAGCAAAGCAUAUGGCAAAAAAACAAAGAUGAUGGAGUAGAAUUUUUGUUUAGUAAUCUCCCCAAUACUCUUUUAAGGAACAUCAAACGAGAGCUAUGCUUGGAGCUACUCAAGAAAGUACAAGAGUUUAAAAUGUUAAAUAAAGAAAGGUUGGAUGCAUUAUGCGAUAAUGUAAAGCCAGUUUUGUACUCUCAGCACACUUGCAUUUUUCAAGAAGGAUAUCCGAUCGGUCAAAUGCUCUUUGUGGUGUGUGGCAAACUCUCUUCCUACACUUCCAAGGGUAUAACUGGUUUUGUGAGCACUGAUCAUAGCAGAGAUGAUGAUAAUAACAUAAGCAAAAAGGAUGAUCUGGUUGAUUGUGACUUCUAUGGAUUUAUCAACAAGUAUCCCCUUAUCAAAAAUAUCUAUUAAAGCACAUACAAAUGUUGAAGCCUUUGCUCUUAUGGCCAAUGACCUGAAAGAUGUCUUACUUCAGCAUGAUAACAAAGGCAGGGAAGGGGAAGGAAUUCAAUAGUUGGAACGCCAGAAAGAAUCAUGAUGAAAUUAAGGAAGAAAUAUAGGUAUCAGGCGUGCCCAGAGAUCAGGUGAUGGCCGGAUCUUGUAAUUAAAGCUUACAUUAGAUUGAUCUCCUAGUGUAGGUGUGUUAUUGUGUACAAUUAAGAGUGUAGGGGAAGGGCAACUGAUGCAAAUAUAAACAUUAGGAAAUCUAUUUGGUGCCACUUAUGUACGUGUUCGUAAGGAUUGGUGCUGUUGUAGAAGCAGAACUUGUUUAAAAAUAGGUAAAAGCUUACAAUAGUAUUAGAAAAUAAAAGAUGUGUAGCUUUACCUUAUCUAGAUGUCAUCAGCAGUGUGUUAUCAUAGAUUCCUCCUCAAUUUGUUUCA